AUGAAGAAGUUUGGACUGGAAAAGGACGGAGAUGGAAUCUUCAGGCUCAAACGAAGGUCCUCCUCUCCCAAUAAGAAGGGCAAAACAACAUUGCCUCCUUUCUCGUCACCUCCAAAUCUAGCCCAUGACAGUCCAACAGGGCCCCCAAUAUUACCUACUCUCAGAACCAGAGUUUCUGAAACUGACACUUUGGUAGAUGGUAUCAGUGAUACGGUCAACAUUCCCUCUCCACAAGCUAUGAAUGCGAGGGCCGGGUCCCCCAUUAGACCCAUGCUAGGAAGCCCUACGAAAUCAUUCAAUGAUGAGGCCGAUGCGGAACUGGCCCAGAUUAUAAUGCUGCUAUCAAAGAUUGUAAGACUGGGGUUCAACUUUGUCAAAGAUCUUACGUUGGAAAGCAGCUUUAUUUCAGUGGAGAAUUAUACCACUCUGCAUCUCCCCAGUUUCAUGGUGGGUAUUGCUCUUGCAUUGUUUUUCACCUCUGGAGGCUCAGAUGAAUCAAGUAGCCGAUCAAGAAGUCACGAGUCAUCAACAUCAUCGGCCUUUGGGAUUCUUCGUAAGUUUGUGAUGGGAUUUCUGGUUAUUUCCCUCGUGGUGUUCUUUGUUAGUUUCCAGAGUGGGGAUCAGGCAUCCAAUUCCGGAUCGGAUGAACUGCCCCUUGUGAACUACAAGCAGGAAACAACAGCUCCUUCCCCUAGCACACAUCCCUCCGGUCGGAGUUCACCAAAGAGAUAUUCAGUCUUCAAGGAAGACCUGAGUCCAUUACAAGAGCCUCUUCAAGAACUACUAGAACCAGACGAGCCCCUAUUUUUGGACUCACAACAAUCACAGCAAGACAAUCAGUACAGAAACAGAGGCAGGCCUCCCACAUUGGCCAACAGAAGGGCAAACACUGGAUCUCCUACUCCCAAAUACAGACUUCCCACAGACCACUAUAACUCGUUCAUCCAGAAAGCGAAUAGGUGA